GGGCACGGCGACCGCCUUCCUCUUCAACUGAAGCCGGAGCGUUCCAGGCGGCGGUGAUUGAGGAGCCGAGGGAAGAGACGGAGACGGCGCCGGCGGCGCGGGCGACCUCUCCCGACAUCGCCGGUGCGGAUGGACCCGCCGGAGAGCCCCCCAGCCCCAGCCGGUCGACCGCCAGCGCCAUCCGCCGCCGUCUCGCUCUACGAGGAUUCUCCUGUCUUCGAUUUCAUCAAUAGUCUAUCCCCUAUAGCAACACCCAAGCCUCUAGGUUCAGCACAAAAUGUCCAGCUAUUCAAGUCAUCUGAUUUACUACCUGAUUCAUCAAUCUUCACCUCGCCGCAAGUUAAUCCACAAAAGGAAUAUAAACCUCGAACCAGGGAUGGCUACGUUCAACUUUCUGAAGGACUCAGUCCCAGUUGCCAAAGGAAUCGGAUAGGGAUUUCUAGCCGCAUUGAACUGUCUGGACCCCCAACAAUUGCUUCAGAAAAUUGUAGUCCUUCUGAGUAUGCAACAAUUUUGCCAAGCAAAUGGCCUCGGCCCAUCCCGCUUGGUAGUGAAAUCUUGAGAGAUGCCAAGAGACAAGAUACUGAUGGUAAAGCAGAUCAUAAUCCAGAUAUGGGGCAAGUAAAGCUAUCAAGCACAUGCUAUGAUCAUAAUGGCCUUGACCAAUUGGACUCAUCAUCUUCUGGAAGAAAUGUUCAGGAGAAUGAGCUGACUAAACAGUAUAAUGAUGACCUAGCAGCUUGCACUUCAAACCUUUUGAUCUCACGUUCUGGUACUGGUGAUGAUGUCAUGUCAAAAUCAGACCUGUCACUAGAAGCACAACAAUUGACCUGGAAACUAAGAAGUGAUGUCAUAUUUAGCAAAUCCUUAAUGCCAAUGGCUCAAGGAAAGCUGGAGGAUUCAAGAAGAGAACUUUUUGAUGGGUCAACUGGCUGUUAUAUCCAAAGUGUUGGUGCCGCAGAAGGUGUUGCAACUAAUCAUGACCCACAAAUGCUCCCUGGUGUUAUUCAAAGCCAGUUGGAUUCAAAUGAAUAUUUCUUUGACACAUUCAAAGUUCCCAGUGAUGGCAUGGCAUUGUCAGAGCAUCAAUGCAGUGGUAUGCAUAGGCGUAGCCUUUUUAAUGAGAAGGUACGGACAUCUGAUUUGAGCGGACAAAGUGGCUCGAAUCUUCAUCAUAUAAAUAUAUGUGGCGAUAACUACCUGAAGCCUUCGCAGUCCCCUGUGUAUGCAUUGCCUGGUAUUGGUUUGCAUCUGAAUGCUGUUGUCUCGAAUGCAUCCAACACCAUGCCAUUCACAAGUAGUCUUCCACUGCCACCUGAACAUAAUAGUCCGACAACAAUAGUUUCUUGCAGUGAGACGGGUCUCUGUAGCAGUGAGGUAAACACUCUUAUUCAUGAUGAUCAGUCUUCUCAGAAGACCAUGCCUAGUGCUGAUAAGUCUUGCCAAGAAAGUUACAAGAAGAAAAGGCCCAAGUUACAAAAUGGUGAUGGUGGCUCAUGCAGACGUUGUAGCUGUAAAAAGUCAAAGUGCUUAAAACUUUACUGUGCGUGUUUUGCUGCUAAAGUCUAUUGUUCAGGAUUGUGCUCAUGUCAAGGAUGUUUAAAUAAUCAUACUCAUGAGGAAACAGUUUCAUGUAUUCGCAAACGGACUGAAUCUCGUAACCCUCUAGCAUUUGCUCCAACAGUAACACGCGCAUGUGAUUCUGGUUCAGAUUUUGGGGAUGACUCUAACAAUACUCCUGCUUCGGCUCGGCAUAAAAGAGGCUGCAAUUGCAGGAAGUCUUCUUGCCUUAAAAAAUACUGCGAGUGCUUUCAGAGUGGUGUAGGAUGCUCCGUGAAUUGCCGAUGCGCAAGUUGCAAGAAUUCUUUUGGAAAAAGAAAUGGGGUGCUACUGCUAGCUAUUGAGGAAAAAUGGAGAAAGGAGCAAAAGCAAAAGGCACUUGCUCAAAGGAAGAGAAACUUGCAUUUGACAAACAGGAUGUGGUCAGUCAAUCUGGUGAUCUUCCAUCUACCGACGAUCUAUUUGCAACACCUUCGCUUGAGCCUUGCAGAUCUUCAAUCUUGCUUCCAUCUACAUGCUCCGAACCGCCAGUGCCAACAGCCGGUUGCUCUUCCCAACUGCACAACUCUCAGUCUCCCAUGAAGGCAGAUGUUUUGCUUUCUCCUAUUGAAACCUGUGCUAUGGAACCGAUUCUUGUGGAUGGUUCGUCAAAUAUCCAGGAAAUGAGCUCAUCUUACACCACCAGAGUCAAGGUUGUGUCACCCAACAAGAAGAGGGUCUCCCCCCUGCAAACUGGUACGGGAUUGUCCCCGAUCGGUAGGAGUGGCAGGAAACUUUUUCUGAAGUCCAUCCCUUCCUUCCCUUCCCUCACUGGUGAUGCUGAUAGUGAGCCCCACUAAGCAGAGUUCAUCAGCAUUUGGCACCAGAGUCAGGCUGACCAGUUAGGGAAUCCUGGAUCCCUUGGAAGCCGACUUCGCCCAAUUUUGUUUGACAAAGGGUUGAAUGAACUUGUUUUCGCUGUUCUAACAUAUAGAGAGAGUUAUGCUAAUAUUUCUCGAGUGCGAAGCCUAACUAUUCCACUGCUGCAUGUCAGCAUGUGAUUGACCUGUCGUUACCUAGUUGUUAGUCCUGUUCAUCCCCUUUGGUCUAAGGCCGUCAGUAUGUAGCUAUAUUUCCACAGCUCGUGGGCGAUAAGUGCAUAGGUAUCGAAGAAAAGAAUGCUUAAAUGUGGCAUCUUAAUAAGUUCAGUUCACUGUACUCCA